GAUAAACAAAAAUCAAUUCUUAAAAGUACUACUUGCGACUUAAUAUUCACAUUUCAGAAAUCACUCAACAGGAAAGCUAGUACUCCAAGAUGUCUUUAUCAAGACCAUCGAAUGUCUAUGAUGCACUCGCUCCUUCAGAGUCUUUCUUCGAGAGGGAAAAGGCGAGGCUAAUCGAAGAAAUCUCCACAAACUUUGAAGAGCUCAUGGGCAACAUGAAUACAUUGAACCGAACUUUAGAGCAAGUUUACGGAGUGGGAAGGGAAUUUACAACGGUUGCGUCUUUAUGGGGUCGUUUCAACACGUUAAUAAAGGAGCAACAGACGGAACUCGCGACUUCAGCAGAUGUGGGCGUCCCUGGUACAGGAGGUGCAAACUUCGCUGCGAGCGCAAGUACGGCUGCUUCUAGAUGAUCCUCGUUGUAAAGGUUGUAUUACUCGGCUGUAUGUAUCACGGCACUAUAUCUCGCUGGAUGUUUGAGGCUCGCGG